AUGAAGGUGCUCGUUGCCGCCGCUUUCCUGGCCGUUGCCGCCGCCGCUUCCUCCAACAGCUACGCCCCGAUGCAGGCGUACUCUUAUGGCCCGAGCUACCACCAGCCGUCCUACAAGGAGCCGGACCACUACGACACGCCCGACCAGUUUGAUUACGCUGUACACGACCACUACUCCGGCUACAACGCCGAGGUGACCUACUCUGGAGAGCCCCACUACGAGGAGCACAAGCCUAGCUACCACCCGGCCCCGGCCUACACGCCUACUCUCUCUUAUGCCCCUGCGCCACUCUACAAGACCAAAUACUAG